AUGCCGCACAAGAACAGCACACUCAACAAGGAGACCGCCGAUGUGGCACAACUUGCCAUCUCUCCCAACGUGCCCGCCCAAGUCCCCUUGCUCCUGGACCAGAUCCAUACUCAAGGCAAAGAAUAUCUCGACGCGAAGCCCCAAUCACGACUGGAUCUGCUCGAGAGCGCCCGAUCCCUCGUGUACGCGCUCGAAACUCCCCGUGAGGCUAUCCUCAGACACUGCUGGUCCGAGACAACCAGCUACGCCGCCAUCGAGACCGGGAUCAACGUUGACCUCUUCACAGCUCUCGGCACCGACGACAAACCCAAGACCGUCGCACAGCUCGCCAAAGCCACGAAUGUCGACCCCGUGCUUCUCGUCUAUACCCCAGGUCGUAUGUUGAAACACCUCGCCGCAAUGGGCGUCCUCCUCGAAACCGGCAAAGACACCUACCAGCCCACGGGCUUUUCCAAAACCCUAACCGAGCAGAAAUACAGCGACGCUUUCCCGCUCAUGACCACCCGCUUCACGCAAGGCUUUCUCUCCCUCCCCACUUUCCUCGCCCAAACCAACCACACCAACCCCACAAACCCCAACCAGACAGCCUUCCACCUCGGCCACUGCACGACUCUGAGCUUCUUUGAGCACGUCCAGCGCGAACCCGACACCGCCCGCCGCUUUAACAACCACAUGGGCGUGUACGCGCAGGGCCGGCCGCGGUGGAUGGACCUGGGGUUCUAUCCGGUGCAACAACUUGUCGACGCGGCCGUCCCCGCUAUCGGCGAGGAAGGCGUGUUGCUCGUCGACGUCGGCGGGAGCUUCGGGCAUGACCUCCUCGAGUUCCGCCAGACGUGGCCUGAUCUGCCGGGACGGCUGGUGCUCCAGGACCUGCCGGAGGUGGUGGCUGGCGUGCCUGCGGAGGUGGCUGAGCUGGGGGUGGAGGUGUUGGGGUAUGAUUUCUUUACGGCGCAGACUGUUGUUGGCGCCCGCGCAUACUACCUGCACUCGAUCCUGCACGACUGGCCGGACGACCUGUGCUGGACGAUUCUGGGCAAUCUGAGGGUGGCGAUGACGCCGGGGUACAGUAAGCUGCUGAUCAAUGAGAAUGUGAUCCCGGAUACCGGGGCGUAUUGGGAGACGACGAGUUUGGAUUUCAUCAUGAUGAGUAUUGGGUCCGGGGAGCGGACGGAGAGCCAGUGGCGGGCGUUGUUGGAGGGGGCCGGGUUGAGGGUUGUCAGGAUCUGGGCGGCACAGCGCGGGGUUGAGAGUUUGAUUGAGUGUGAAUUGGUUUAA